GACACCGUCUAUCUAGUUUGUCUAAAGUCAGUUCAGUUCAUUUAUUUCUAUCAAAUAUAGUAAUUAUCUCAUAUUAAGGUGAACGUGAGUGUUUUUUUUUUUUAGGUAAUAUACAGUAACCUACAUGUUCCAGUGUCAGAGUCCCGUCAUCUACAUGAUUAAUAUUUCAUCACAAACAAUGUUACAUCGUUAAUUGGUUGUUCCCUAUUUUACAGGACAACUGAACGAAUAACUUUCGUGAUACUUCUUGAGUUUUCAGCUGACCAUCGAAUAUAUAGCAGGUGUUCUUUGGAUUACCGUCACAUCACACAUUGCCAUUUUCUUCUAUCUUUAGUUAACUAAAUUGAUUUAAAAGGAUUACACGCACACAUAUAGCUAAACAAAUACUCACGCACAGCAUUUAUUGAACCCCAGUACUUAAACAGACUUAUUUUAGUUCAUACUUAUACUAACUGAUCAUUCUGUCACAAUUUGAAGAAUAUGAAUUUUAUCUGCACGUCGUCUGCUAGCCACUUGCGGACUAUAUAUAUUUCAACCUAUUAACGACAUCAACAUUUCUCAAGGUAGGAACAGAAGCUUCGCCCAUAUUUUGUACUGGUAUCGAAAGAUCGCCCAGAAAAUAUAUCCGCAUAAACAUUUUCCAUACGUGUAAGGAGAUCCAAGGCAAUAAAACUGAACUAAAACAAGUUAUAUUCACAAGCAUUUCUGAGCUUUUAAUAAUUCGUGGAGAGUUAAAAUGGAGGACGUUACUCUCUUAGACACUUCCAAAACAGCUGUUUUUACCAAUAUAGAUUCAGUCAGACAGACACGUAGUGGUGAGAAACCUUCACAUGGUAACAUAAUUAUUAAAGAACAACCAGUACAGGUUCACAUUCCUGAACAUUGUUGUGAGAUUUGUGGGGAAACUUUCUCUUCAGAAAAUGAAGUUUUGAUGCACAAAGAAAUACUCCACAAGGUAAGGCUCUUCCAUUGUGAAAUCUGUGGAAAAUAUUUUACCUGUAAAAGUUAUUUAAUGAAACACAGAAGAAUACACACUGGAGAAAAGCCAUAUCAUUGUGAGAUAUGUGGAAAGUCUUUCAGUCAGAAUUCUCAUCUUGUUAACCACAUACGUAGUCAUACUGGUGAAAAACUGUUUCACUGUGAAGUGUGUGAGAAGUCGUUUGUUUCUAAGUGUGUCUUAACAAACCACAAAAGCAUACACACUGGAGAAAAACCCUUCCACUGUGAAAUGUGUGGAAAAUCUUUCGUUUCUAAGUGUAAAUUAACAAGACACAAAGGCGUACACAUUGGUGAAAAACCAUAUCCUUGUGAAAUAUGUGGAAAAUCGUUUGUCUGUAAUAGUGACUUGAAUAGACACAAAAGAACCCACACUGGAGAGAAACCUUUCCAUUGUGAAACGUGUGGGAAAGCAUUUGCUGAUAAUUCUAAUCUUAUAGUUCACAAAAAAAUACACACUGGAGAGAAAUUGUUUUCCUGUGAAAUAUGUGGAAAGUCUUUUAUUCAGAAUUCAAAACUUACAGUCCAUAAACGUAGUCACACUGGAGAAAAACUGUUUCAUUGUGAAAUAUGUGGAAAAUCUUUUGUUUCUCACUCUGUCUUAACAAAGCACAGAAGAAUCCACACUGGAGAAAAACCAUAUCAUUGUCAAAUAUGUGGAAAGUCUUUUGUGUCCAACAGUGAUUUAAUCAGACACAAAAGAGUCCAUACUGGAGAGAAACCAUAUCAUUGUGAAAUAUGUGGAAAGUCGUUUACUCAGAAUUCCAGUCUUGUGGUUCACAAACGAGAUCACACCGGAGAAAAACCGUAUUCUUGUAAAAUAUGUGGGAAAUCUUUUGUAUAUAAUAAUCUUUUAAGAAGACACAAGCAAAAGCAUAGCAUUUAAUUGUGACUGGUGACGAAAAAUGGUUCUUCUAUUGAAAUGUUAAACAUCAUAAACAGUGGAUUGGUAAAAGGGAAAAAGCUCAACCACAACCGAGAAGGUAACUUCAUGGGAAAAAGGUUCUCUCUAUCUGGUGGGAUUGCAAAGGAGUAAUUCACUUUGAAUUGUUACCACCUAAUGCAACAAUCAAUGCUCAAGUCUACUGUCAGCAAUUAGAGCAUUUGAACCAAGCUUUGAAGAAAAAAAGAGCCGCUUUAGUGAAUUGAAAAGGAGUGAUGUUUCAUCAGAACAAUGCGCAACCUCACACUGCAAAGAUCACAUCACAGAAAAUCGAAGAACUUGGUUGGGAAAAGAUUCCUCAUCCACCUUAUUCUCCCGACCUUGCUCCUUCAGACUACCAUUUGUUUCGUAGUUUACAGAAUCAUUUCGGGGACAUAACUUUCACAAGCCAGGAGGAGGUCAAAACUGACAUUUCAGAGUUCUUCAUUUUAAAACCAAGAGUUUUACAUUGAUGGAAUUAAAAAGCUUGUAAAUAGACAGAAGCCAUAGAUAAUCAGGGAAAGUACAUUGAUGAUUAAAUUUCAAUUAAAUAUAA